AGUUUCUCGUCCUAUCCGAAAGAAGGUCCCACACAUGAAGCACUUUAUGCUCUUUACCUUCUUAAUUAUAUGCUCUGGAUCUUCUUCUUCUCCACUUAUUCUUCUUCAAAAAAAAAAAAACCCUAAAAAUUGACCAAAAAUCCCUAACAAUUCAUCCUCUUAUCUUUAUUCUUCUGACAAAGUGCUGUAUUUUUAAUUUCAAUUUUUUAAACUUCUUUGACCUUCUUUUACUUCACUAUUAAUUUCUGUCUCAAGUUAUAAAAGUAGAACCCGCUUUUGGCAUCUGGGUCUUUCUGAUUUUUUCGGGUACUAAAGGGUUUCUUUACAUUGCUCAAAAAGUGCAGUUGGUUUUAAUUACUUUGGAGGUUUGGAUUAGGGUUUUUGUGGUGGGUUCAUGAGUGAGGCAAAUGGGUAAUUGAGGCUUUUUGGGGAUUUAAUUUGUUGAGUUGAUUGUGUUUUUGUGUGUGAGAGAGAUAGAUAGGUAGAGAAAAUGAAGAGAGGGAAAGAUGAUGAGAAGAUGACGGGGCCUAUGUUUCCCAGGCUACAUGUGAAUGAUACAGAGAAAGGAGGGCCAAGAGCACCUCCCAGGAAUAAGAUGGCUCUUUAUGAGCAGCUUAGUAUUCCUUCUCAAAGGUUUAAUGGUCAUGGUUCUUUGCCUCUUAAUCCAAGUAAACCUACCAACUUAGCUCCUGCAGCAUCCUCAAGCCAGGGGAGCGGCUAUGAGAGAAAUCUGCGCUUUCCACUUCAUGUUCCUUCUUCUACACCCUCUCAUGUGCCUGAGAAUCUCCAUGAUGGAGGAAACUUUAAUUCUACAUCACCACAAAUUGAGCAGAGGAAAAAGGCGGGAAAUGAAGAUGACUUCAGUGUACCUGUAUUUGUUCACUCUGGGAUGGACCAAACUCAUGGUAGAAGUCAGAGUGUCAAAGAUAGGGAGAAUACUUCUACCUUUAGCCAAAAUAAUUUGGGUCGUUCAGCAAUGCAAAUUGUUGGUGAUAAGGAUAAAAAGAAUAGUAGUUCUAGAGGUUCCAAUGUAAGACAGGAAGCAAGAGACCAGCGAGAGGCGUGUAUUUCAAGUAAGGAUCACUCAGCAAGUUUUCAAACUAAGGACAAUAUAGCCAGACCUGACAGUGCAUCUCCUAAUCCACAAAAUCCAUAUCAACCUGUUGCUAGUUUUAGUAGUUUGCGCGAAAAAGAUGUUUGUUUGCGACAAGAGGCUUCUGCUAUGUUGCAGGAAAAUGGUAGUUGUGGUGAAGGUGUUCCUGUAUUGACAAGGGAAACAGAGAGAGGAAAUGCUUCUCAGUCAAUAAGUGACUCGCAUUCGAGGGAGGAUCUCAGUGGUCCCGAUGAGCCUGAAAUUGACAGUGAACAUCAUGGAGAAAAGACUUAUAGGUCACUAAGAUUUGAAAAUGGCAACAAAUGUGAUGAUGUCUCUGAGACUUCCAUGGUGGAUUCUGUAUCAGCACUGGAUAUAUCUCCGGAUGAUGUUGUAGGACUAAUUGGUCAAAAACAUUUUUGGAAGGCAAGAAGGGCAAUUGUCAAUCAGCAGAGAUUAUUUGCAGUUCAAGUAUUUGAGUUGCAUAGACUGUUAAAGGUUCAACGACUUAUUGCUACAUCUCCGCAAUGUUUACUUGAAGAAAGUACUUAUCUGGGGAAGCCAUCUGUGAAGGACUGUCCUGCAAAGAAACUUCCUGCCGAGUAUGUGGUGGCACCGCCAAUGAAUGUUUCCAAGUUCAAAGAUGAUUCUGAGAAACCCAAUCACAAGUUGGAAUGCUCUGCAGAGAAUGCAGUUGGGAAGACAUCAUUCUCUAAAAGUGGUAGUCAGCCUUUAAAUUUUAUAGGCAACUCAACACCAGUUCCUAUGGCUGCUGAUCCCAAAAUGGCUCCUUUGUGUUUCCAUCAUUCACUUGGACAUCAAUGGCUGGUUCCUGUAAUGUCUCCUUCAGAAGGACUUGUAUAUAAGCCAUUCACUGCUCCGGAAUUUACCGGAGGAGGAUCUGGACCUUAUGGCAUGACUCCUCUAACAGGGAAUUUUAUAAACCCGAACUAUGGGAUUCCAGCUUCUCAUCUUCCCCAUCAAGGAACCGUACCCAUACCAGGUGUGCCUUCACCUGGUCACGGUUACUUGCCUCCAUAUGGUAUGCAGUUCAUGAAUCCAGUCAUGUCAGGUUCGGCUGUUGAACAAAUGAACUACGCUGGAUCAGAUCCACACGGUCAAUUAUCUGGAAGAGGAGCAAACUUCAAUAUGCAGCAUCAGAACUCUUGUAACGUGCCAUUGCAGAAGAGAGGAUCCACUCCGCAAGUUACUAUGUUCCAAGCAUCUAAAGAGAGUGAGCUACAUCGAAGCACUGCUAGUAGUCCCAGUGAAAGAGCUCCAAGGAAUCCUGAACGAAGAGAUGUACUUAGAGCUCCAAGGGUUCCUGAACGAAGAGAUGCACUUACACUGUUCCCAAUGGAUCCUGCUGGUUCAGCUCAACCUCAAAAGUCUGACCAGCCUAGAAGAGUGAUUAAAGUUGUGCCUCACAACCGUAGAUCCGCUACCGAGUCAGCAGCUCGAAUUUUCCAAUCUAUACAAGAAGAGAGAAAACAGUACGACUCUAUGUAGCUUGCAAGCUCAAAACUCUUUCUUAACUUGCAGAUAAUAUUGUCUUUCCUUGCUAUACCUUGUUAGAGUGGCACACUGUUCUUUCUCCGUGUUUUUGGUUGACCUGAUUACAUGUAGAUAAAGCAACUGAAGAAAUACAGGUAAGCAAUGUAAUAUGAAUUGUGUUGGGUUUCAUACCAUUAUGUAUACAACGAUUUAAGGGCAUUCUUGCCAGGACCUCCAUAGUACAACUCGGGUUUGUCAA